AAAAUACCCUAGCAUUACUUUCAUCAGCAUAGUUUAUUAAAAUGUUUAUUUGAUAUUUUGUUGAAUGUGGGUGAGAAAUAAGAUAAAAUAACCUUGAUAUGCAACACUAAAACCAUAAAUGAUAAAGAAUCAUAUAAUGAUAUUGGAAUAAAUCAUAAAUGAGGUUGUAAUUCAAUGAGUCCGGAAAGUAAUAACUACUUAUGUUGUUGUGAAUAUAUCGAUCAAAAUAACCAGAUUAAUCACAUCCUGGCAUGUUGCUGUGAUUGUCAAGAUUUUGAUGAAGGAAUGGAAAGUCUUAUAACCGGUCAUGGCUUUCCUCAGCACAACAAACAAAACUGCUUUUCCGCCUGUACUGAUCGCCUAAGACUACCUUGGAUAGGAGGAGCAAAGCGAAUAUCACCGGAAAUAAUCUUAUCUAUAAUUUUUAUACCACUUUUUUUAUUACUAGCAACAAAUGGAAUAGUAUGGACCAUUCUUGCAGCCAUCGCCUUAGUCCUGUUAUUAAUAUGCAUGAAACUUUUUACUCAAAACUGUUGUACCAAUUUUUUUCAAGUUUGGAUCAACACUUCUUUUAUCAUACUUUAUUUAGUGUUUGAGUUAGUUGUGAUACCAUUCCUUGAAAUACUUUUAGAAGAGAAUAUAGCAUUGACUAUUGUCAUUUUGCUUGGUUGUUAUUGGUUUUGGAAGGCGAAAAAAUGCUGUGUUAUAGAUAAUUCUGGUUGGCAUUGUGUUGGGUGCCAAAAAAUGGUUCCUGUAAAUAGCACCCAUAGUUUGUGGUUGGGUUAUUGUAUAGGUGAUUAUAACAUAAAAUAUUACAUAAUGGGUUUAUUUGCAAUGGUUUCUUCUCUUUUAUAUGGAUGUAAUCUUACUUUAACUACGGUGUGCCAUCCAUUUUUAUUUUAUGGGUCGGUUUUACUACCUGAUGAUUGUUCGUAUGCUUAUGAUUUAUUUGAGCUUGCUUUAUCAUUUGUAUCGGGGUUGUAUGGACUUGGAUUAGCAACAUUUUUUUCUAUAAUGUUACUGCAUCAAAUGGUGGAAGUUAUGGUGGAUAAUGUUUGUAAAAGGAGACGGUUUCGAAAGACUGCAGCAAAUACCCUGGCAUAAAGUAUUAUUAUAAUAUACAUAUUUAUUCAUAAUUACUUUUUUAUAUUAAUUUCAUAUGGUAAACAUGCAAUGUAGGUAUCCAUGUGAUUUAAAACGCAAUAUAUUUUUAUUAUGAAAUAAAAUCUUAUAUAACUAUUGUUUA